GUGACAUCACCCGGGGGUGCGGGACGGGCGGGACCCCGCCGCUCUCUUCGGCCCCUUUGGAUCAUUUCGGCUCGUUUGGGAUCAUUUCAGCUCAUCUGGGACCGUUUCGGCCCGUUUGGGAGCGAGCAGGGAGUUUUCCACCCGGGGGAAAUCGGGAGUGCCUUUCCCUGCCCGCGGAACUGGGCUCCGGCAGGGGAGAGGAGCCGCGGGAGAGACGGCGCGGCCAGAAAGUUGCAAACGAGAUCUUUUCUUUUUGGCACACGCUGGAGUAGAAGUGUUUGACUUCUUUCCACGGAACAGCACAACUCCGGGGUUUGGUGCACGUUUCUGUGAAUUUUCCUCCCACCACGGGAAUUUAUUCAGAGUUAAAUGAAGAUACCGAAGGCUGAAGCAAGAAAACACUACUUGGAGGGUCUGGAAGGAUAUUUUGCCAUCACUGAAGGAAUGGACCUCUUGAACCUGCAUGGAAAAUGUCCCUUUUAAUACCAAAAGUCGCAAAGGAAAGCUUAUGAUCGAAAUCUUACAGGAGUUUGAUUUCAGCUGUACUUUUAUCCUUAAAUAGACCAUGGAGAGUUUGUUACCUCUACUCUGUUGCCAUUAUUCUUUGCUGAUUUUAUUUCAGCAAAAAUAUCAGGUGUACGGAAACUAUUCCCAGCUCCCCAAACACCCAGGAUUCAAAGUCCUGGCAUCAGCUUCCCAUUACUGGCCCUUGGAAGAUGUGGAUGGAAUUCACGAGUUUCGGGACACAAAUGGAGCUCUAAGAAUCCACAACUUCACUGUGCUUCCUCCCCAUAACUCUACCUUUGUAAAUACCAAUGACUCUGCCUACUCUAACUUCUCUGCAACUGUAGAUAUUAUAGAAGGGAUGGUGAACAAAGGGAUUUACGUCACUGAAAAGAAAGGAGUCACCUUUCUCUUCUUUGGAAGCUAUCGGAAUUCGUGCAUUAGUAAUCCAGAGGCUUGUGGGCCGGAAGGAGUAACAUUUUCCUUUUUCUGGAAGACUCAAGACCAACAGGCCAAGCUUCUCCCUGCCUCUGGUGGACGAGUAAUUUCCAGUGGUUUCAAAAUCUGCUCAAACGAAGGGGAAGGCUCCGUGGAGUUUUACACCCGUGGGAAUGCAAUGAUGAAGUGGAAAGCCAGCUUUAGUCCACCAGGGCCUUACUGGACCCACAUCCUCUUCACCUGGAGGUCGCGGGAAGGGCUCAAGGUGUACGUCAACGGCAGCCUGAGCACCGCGGACCCCGACGGCAAGGUUUUCUACGACUACGGCGACGCCGGCGCCGAGCUGCUGGGGGGCACGGAGGGGGCGGCGGCGCGGCGCUCCGUCAGCGGCGCCUUCGACGAGUUCGUCAUCUGGGAGAGGGCCCUGAGCCCCCGCGAGGUGCGGCAGUACUUCACCGCCGCCGUGGGUGUACAAGUUCUGCUCUCUUCAACUCUUCCCUGGUCUCUGAUGACAACCACUACCAACCCUGUGCCUCCCACCAACGCCUACCAGCCCAUCAUCGCGGCGCUGAGCCGGGACAGAGGCAGCUCCCCCUCGCCCAGCUCCCUGCUGGGGCACCUGCAGAACGUGUCCUUCAGCCUGCCCAACAAAUCCCUGUCAGAGCACACUGCCCUGAGCCUGGCCCAGGCAUUUUUAAAAGCUAUUGAAGACUUUCUGUUACUGUCUGACUGGAUUGAUGGACCAGAGAGCCCCGCGGUGCUCAGCAGCCUGAUCCACACCAUCGACACGGUGAUGGCUCACCUGUCCCACAACCUGGAGGGGAACUCGGAAGGGAACUCGCUGCCGCUGACCCUCGAGGGCUCCUCGGCCGUGGCAGAUUACGCUGUGGUCAAAAUGCAUCCCCAGACCCUGAAUGUGUCCCACUAUCGAUUUCCAUCUCGAGGGCAGAGCUAUAUUUCCAUUCCCAGUGAAGCUUUCCAUGGAAAAGCCUGGAUCACCAUCGUGGGCCUGCUCUACCACAACAUGCAUUAUUUCUUCAGUAACAUCAACCCUGCGGACACCAGGAUUGCUGAAGCUGCGGCCUACAAAGGCUACAUGAUCUCAGCCAGCAGUUUCCUCAUCUCUAUCAAGGUGGAACCUCUGCCCCAGCUGUCCCACAACCUGUCAGGAUCUCCUCUCAUCACCAUCCAGCUCGCCCACAGGCUGACACCCAGACAAUACAGCCAAGCAGUAAAUAAAAGUAACAGAGUUCAUCUUUACUGUGCAUUUCUGGAUUACAGCAAUGGAACUGGUGUUUGGUCUGAUGAGGGCUGUGUGCGUGACAGUGGGGACCUCAACUACUCCGUGUGCCUCUGCAACCACCUCACCAACUUCGCCAUCCUGAUGCAAGUGGUGCCCCUGAAGCUAACGAGAGAACACCAGGUGGCCCUCUCCUCCAUCACUUACAUCGGCUGCGCCCUGUCCAUCUUCUGCCUGACGAUCACCCUGGUCACGUUCGCUGUGCUGUCGUCUGUCAGCACCAUCCGCAACCAGCGCUACCACAUCCACGCCAACCUGUCCUGCGCCGUGCUGCUGGCCCAGGCCCUGCUGCUGGCCAGCUUCCAGCUCAGCCCUGCAACCCUGCCUUGCAAGAUAUUGGCCAUUCUCCUUCAUUUUUUCUUCCUGAGUGCGUUUGCAUGGAUGCUGGUGGAAGGAUUUCAUCUUUACAGCAUGGUGAUCAAAGUAUUUGGGUCAGAAGAAAGCAAGCACUUAUAUUAUUAUGGAAUUGGAUGGGGCUGCCCACUGGUGAUCUGUGUCAUUUCUGCAACGUCGUCCCUGGACAGCUAUGGAGAAAGUGGCAACUGCUGGCUUUCACUGGAGAACGGAGCAAUCUGGGCUUUUGUGGCACCAGCGAUGUUUGUAAUUCUGGUCAACAUUGGCAUUCUCAUUGCUGUCACACGAGUCAUCUCCAGAAUCAGUGCAGACAGCUACAAGGUCCAUGGAGAUGCUAAUGCCUUCAAACUAACAGCUAAAGCCGUGGCUGUUCUCUUACCAAUCUUGGGGAGCUCGUGGAUCUUUGGUGUUUUGGCUGUCAAUGCCCACGCUUUAGUAUUUCAGUAUAUAUUUGCUGUUUUUAAUUCACUACAGGGAUUUUUCAUGUUCCUGUUUCACUGUCUUCUGAACUCAGAGGUUAGAGCUGCCUUUAAGCACAAAACCAAGGUCUGGUCCCUCACCAGUAGUUCAACACGCAACAUCAAUGUGAAGCCCUUCAAUUCAGACAUUAUGACUGGGAACAGGCCAGGCACAACUCCCACGAAGCUGAACACCUGGGAUAAAAGCACCAAUUCAGCAAACCGCAUUGAUUUAUCAGCAGUCUGACAGGAGCAGAAGCUCCUCAGAGAAAAUCAAGCCAUACAUUCAGGACCUCCGACACCGUGUCCACCAGCUUUUUCUCACUGCUAGUAACAGUAGAAAACUGGGGUUUUAAAUCACUGCCUAAUGAAUUGGGAAUUGCCAUUGUUUUGUUGAGUAAAUAGCCCUCAUUGCUUGCCUUCAAAACUGUAACACAUUCUAGCACUUGGCUACUAGCAAUAUCUGUAAAAAUGACCAGCACAAAUAUACACUGGAUGGUUUUGUCAGCGAUGAUGAAAACACUAGGUAUGCAAGAAGGGCUUCUUGCUCUCUGAAUCAUUCCAGCUCCCAGAACUGAGGGAAAGUAACAUACCUCUGAAAAUAUGGAUUUUUAUGCUCUAAAAUGAAAUGCUUCCAAUUGUGAUGUUGUAAUGAGACUAUUCCAGACUUGCUGUGCUUUCUCUGUUUACAUUUUUUAUCUUACAGAAUUAUCAAAGUGAAGUUGAUUCAAAAUGCAUAGUAUGGUGUUUAUCUAGAUGCUACAAGGAAGCCAGGACUUGAGGGAGAAGCAGGUUCCAGCUACCCCACUGCCAAAGUGGGUGUGGAUUAUCAAAGCUAAUAAACACAUAAACAGCACCUGUAAGGUGCAGAUCUCCUG